AUGGAUCGCUAUGAUGAUUUUAUAAAACUGUGUGAAAAAUUUAAUAAGAAUGUGAAUAAAUUUAUGGACGUAAAAGAAGAGAAGAGAAAUGUGAAGGAUGAUUUUUUUAUCACAAGUAGUAAGAUAUAUACUAAACUAUUUAGUGCUUGUGAAUAUAUUGAUAAUAAUACAUUGAAAGAAUAUGGAUUAUUUAUGAAUAGUAGUUCAUGUUCUUCAAUUUAUUUUAGUAAAUAUAAACCUAAAGGAAAGAAUAAAGAUAAUUUAUUAUUUUUGAUAAAUAAUAUAUCAGAGGAUAUUAAAAAUUUAGAACCUCAAGUUCAAAUACAUAAUGACAUAUUAAAUUGUUUAAAUAAUUUAUUAAGUAUAUUUGUUGAUAUAAUAAAUAAAUAUGAUAAUAAUUUAAGUAAUUAUAAUUUAAAAUUAAAUACAUAUACUACUUUUUAUUUUUAUGAUGUCAAAAGUGUAAAGUGUAAUUUUGAUUUUCUUAACAAAUUAAAUACACAAAUAUAUGGUUCUGAUAUAUAUAUAAAUAAAUCCAAAGAUAACAAUUCACAAUUAUAUUCAUCUCUUCAAAGAGGGAAACAUAUAAAAGUUAAUAAACAAAAUGAUAAUUCUUUAUUCAUACAAGAUGGAGAUACUAUCUCUCAAGGAUUAAACGACGACAAACAUGUUCAUAUGAAUGAUAUGUUUGUAUCACAAAUGAAUAUAAAAAGGAAUUAUAUAAAUGAUGAUAUUAAUACAUAUGAUAAUAAUAAUAAUAAUAAUAAUAAUAAAAAUAAUAAUUAUGUAAAUAAUUCAACGGGUGGGCAAGAUAUAAAUUUACCUACACAUCUUAACAGUAAUGAGAAUAUUAAAAUUCAUAAAAGUAAUUUAAGAAAACGAAGAGAUCUAAAUAAUAAUAGUAAUAAUAAUAAUAAUAGUAAUAGUAAACAGGUUCAUUUUAAUACAUACAAUUAUCUAGAUGAAGAAAAUAAUCCUGACGAAUCACAUAAUAAUAAUAUUUUUUAUCAAAAUAAUUUAUUAAAUAAUAAUCAAAAACUGGAAUUUAAAAAAUAUGUAGAUCUAUUUGAAAAAGAAGAAAAUACUUAUAUUAUGGAAACUAAAAAGAAAAUAGCAAAAAUUAGUAAUCUAAUGAAUAUUUUUGUUAAUAAAAUAUAUGAACAAAAUGAAAAUUUAAAAAUGAUAGAAACCAUUAUAGAAGAAAGUAUUGAUAAUGUAUCUCAAGGAAAUAAUUAUUUGACAAAAAUUAAGAAUAAAAAAAAUAUUAAUUCUCUUAUUUUUUUUUUUCUCAUAUGUACUUCAAUCUUUUUGUUUAUUCUUGAUUUUUUUAAAUAA